AUGUUGCUCAUACGCAAGAUAGGCAUCUCCUUCACAAAUGACGUGCUGCUCGUCGACCCCAAUGCCUGGUACACAGUGCGGCUGGAGCGCCGAAUCCCCAUCACCCCCGACGUUCGCCUCCUGCGCUUCUCUUUUCGAAGCCGCUACCAGACGCUGGGCAUCAGCGUCGGCCAGCACCUCCUUCUCUGUGCGCGUAUCGAUGGCUGCUCCGUGACGAGACCGUACACUCCCGUGAGCCAUUGCGACCACGCAGGCGGCUUCGACAUUAUGGUCAAGGUGUACCGCACGGGCAUCUCCGGGCAAUUUCCUGAAGGGGGGCAGAUGUCCCAGUUCCUCGACACGGUGCGCCUAGGAACGAAAUUAAAGGUAAGACUGUAA